UGGUACUCUCUGACUACAAAAAAAACAAAAGCAAUAUUUUUUCCGAUCUUGUCAUUUUCUUAUAUUUUCCCUUCAUUUCCACGAAUACCUAGGUGAUUUUUGAGUUACAUAGUGUGCUUAAUUUAUAAACUAUUACUUUAAUAAUGGGCGUUGAUGUUGAAACUCUUUCACCAGGAAAUGGAUCUACAUACCCAAAACCAGGACAAACUGUAGUAGUUCACUACACUGGAACCCUACAGAAUGGAAAGAAGUUUGACUCGUCCAGGGACCGUGGUCAGCCUUUCAAAUUCACACUUGGCAAGGGCGAUGUCAUCAAAGGAUGGGAUCAAGGAUUAGCGAAAAUGUCAGUAGGAGAGAGGGCCAAACUCACUUGUUCCCCUGAUUUCGCCUAUGGCUCGAGGGGACACCCUGGUGUCAUACCACCCAACUCCACCUUAAUUUUUGAUGUUGAGUUAUUACGUGUUGAAUAGAUACCUAAUUGUUAAAUCUCAAAAACUUACUAACAUGCAAACUACACAAUCUAAACAGUGACAGCUACAUUCUCGCUUAUAUCGUCCCUGUCAAUGUUGAGUGCAGUCCAUUAUGAAUUCUGAAAUUUAAAUAUACUUAUUAAAAACUUUAGAGCUAUUGCUCUUUAUAUGCUUGUUUGGCCUGACAGUGAAAGUUAUUGUUGUAUUCAGUAUUUUUUUUUACUAAAUGUGCCAUGACAUAAGUAUAAUUUGGAAUAAUAUGAAAUGCACUAAUAACUGAAAGUUGCUUAUUUGCAAUAUGGUGCAAUUAUAAUAACCAUGAAUAAGUUUGUCUUAAAUUUUUUCUAAGACAUCACUAUUGUUUAUGACUGGCAUGGCAUUGUGUUGCAUUUAAUUGGAUUAAAGAAAUAUUUCUGUAUUAAAAAAAAACUAAGAUAUUAUAGGAUAUUUAUCAAUCUCAAUGCUAGUUUAGCAUUUACUUAAUUAUUCUAAAUGUUAAUUUAUUGUUUCUUAAAAUAAAAAAAGUGAUUUGUAUAAA